AUUCCUAGACCAUUUCCACUGCUACCCUCAUCUCUCUUGUUAUACUUACCUCUUAACUGAUCAGCUGUUUACGUCAUGUUUCUGCAUUGCAUGUGUGAUGUGUCACCCUUGAACAUUUCUCGUACUUAUGUACAGUAGUUUAUGUGUGCUUAUUUGUUAUUAGUUUCGGAGAGUUUGAUAGUUUGGAUAGAGUGUGCUCGCGUGUGCCUGUAAGUGAAAAUGGCGGAUUUGGAAGGGAUUAAGAACGAGACCGUUGAUUUGGAAAGCAUACCAGUCGACGAAGUGUUUGAACAGCUGAAAUGUACAAGACAAGGAUUGACAAGCGAGGAAGGCCAGCAGAGACUACAAAUCUUUGGCCCCAAUAAGCUUGAAGAGAAGAAGGAAAGUGCUCUUCUCAAAUUUUUGGGAUUUAUGUGGAAUCCCCUGUCAUGGGUUAUGGAGAUUGCUGCUAUCAUGGCUAUUGGAUUAGCAAAUGGAGAUGACCGUCCUCCAGAUUGGCAAGAUUUUGUUGGUAUUGUGGUGUUGCUUUUUGUCAACUCCACUAUAAGUUUCAUUGAAGAAAAUAAUGCAGGCAAUGCUGCAGCAGCACUGAUGGCAGGCCUUGCCCCUAAGACAAAGGUCUUGAGAGAUACUAAGUGGAGUGAGCAGGACGCUUCAAUACUUGUGCCUGGAGAUGUUAUAAGCAUUAAGUUGGGAGACAUAGUACCAGCUGAUGCACGCCUCCUCGAUGGUGAUCCUCUAAAGAUUGACCAGUCAGCACUCACCGGAGAAAGUCUGCCUGUAAAUAAAAAUCCUGGUGAUGAAGUCUUCUCAGGUUCAACUUGCAAACAAGGGGAGAUUGAGGCUGUUGUAAUUGCCACUGGAGUCCAUACCUUUUUUGGGAAGGCUGCUCACCUUGUUGAUAGCACUAAUAAUGUGGGCCACUUCCAGAUGGUGUUAACAGCGAUUGGUAAUUUUUGCAUAGUCUCCAUUGCUGUGGGAAUCAUAGCAGAGAUUAUUGUCAUGUAUCCUAUUCAACAUCGCAAAUACAGGGAUGGAAUUGAUAACAUGUUGGUUCUUCUCAUUGGAGGCAUUCCAAUUGCCAUGCCCACUGUGUUGUCAGUGACAAUGGCUAUUGGAUCACACAAAUUGUCAGAACAAGGAGCCAUCACCAAGAGGAUGACGGCUAUUGAAGAAAUGGCUGGCAUGGAUGUUCUUUGCAGUGAUAAGACUGGUACUCUCACCCUUAACAAGCUUACAGUAGACAAGAAUCUUGUUGAGGUAUUUGCAAAGGAUAUGGACAAGGACACUGUACUUCUUUACGGGGCUAGGGCCUCUAGGGUGGAGAACCAGGACGCCAUAGAUGCUUGUAUUGUAGGAAUGUUGAGUGAUCCGAAAGAGGCUAGAGCGGGGAUCACUGAGAUACAUUUCCUGCCUUUUAACCCGGUAGAGAAACGCACAGCUAUCACAUACUACGACUCUGCUGGAAAUUGGUUUCGAAUCAGCAAAGGGGCACCUGAGCAGAUCAUUGAACUUUGCAAUCUUAAAGAUGAUGUUAGUAAGAGGGCCCAUUCCAUCAUUGAUAAGUUUGCUGAUCGUGGUCUUCGCUCUUUGGCUGUGGCACAACAGACAAUACCUGAAAAGAACAAAGACAGUCCAGGAGAUCCAUGGGUAUUUGUGGGCCUUUUGCCUCUUUUUGAUCCUCCAAGGCAUGAUAGUGCAGAGACCAUUCGUCGUGCUCUCCACCUUGGCGUGAAUGUUAAGAUGAUCACCGGAGACCAGCUAGCUAUUGGGAAAGAGACUGGUCGCAGACUUGGCAUGGGAACCAACAUGUAUCCGUCUUCAUCACUCCUUGGCCAGAACAAAGAUCCAGCCAUUGCUCAUCUCCCUGUUGAGGAGCUCAUAGAGACAGCUGAUGGUUUUGCUGGUGUCUUCCCUGAGCACAAGUAUGAGAUUGUGAAGAAGCUACAAGAGAGAAAACACAUAUGUGGCAUGACAGGAGAUGGUGUUAAUGAUGCACCGGCUUUAAAGAAGGCUGACAUCGGUAUUGCUGUGGCUGAUGCAACUGACGCUGCCCGUGGUGCAUCUGACAUAGUGUUGACAGAACCUGGAUUGAGUGUGAUUAUUCAUGCUGUAUUAACAAGCAGGGCCAUCUUCCAGAGGAUGAAAAAUUAUACCAUAUAUGCUGUGUCCAUCACAAUCCGUAUCGUGCUAGGUUUCAUGUUGAUAGCACUUAUCUGGAAGUUUGAUUUCUCCCCUUUCAUGGUUUUAAUCAUUGCCAUUUUGAAUGAUGGAACCAUAAUGACCAUUUCAAAAGACAAGGUGAAACCGUCCCCAUUGCCUGAUUCAUGGAAACUGAAGGAGAUUUUUGCCACUGGUAUUGUUCUGGGAACUUAUCUAGCUGUGAUGACUGUCAUAUUCUUCUAUGCUGCUCACGAUACAGACUUCUUCUCUGACACUUUUAAUGUAAGGUCAAUCAGGGACAAGGACCAUGAACUUGUAUCAGCAGUUUACCUUCAAGUAAGUAUUGUGAGCCAAGCUCUAAUUUUUGUUACUCGAUCUCGGAGCUGGUCAUUCGUGGAACGUCCUGGUUUUCUGCUUAUGGGUGCGUUCAUAAUAGCACAACUGAUUGCCACAUUUAUUGCUGUCUAUGCUAAUUGGGACUUUGCCAACAUUCAUGGUGUCGGUUGGGGAUGGGCCGGAGUCAUUUGGCUUUACAGUGUUAUUUUCUACAUCCCGUUGGAUCUCUUUAAAUUUUUAAUCCGAUACGCCAUUAGUGGAAAGGGAUGGAAUAAUCUGAUCGAUAGGAGGAUUGCAUUUACAAACAAAAAGGACUAUGGGCGAGGCGAAAGAGAGGCUCAGUGGGCUCUGGCUCAGCGCACUCUGCACGGCCUUCAGCCUCCUAAUACCUCAGAGCUAUUUACUGACAAGACUAAUUAUAGAGAACUCUCUGAAAUCGCUGAACAAGCCAAGAGGCGCGCUGAGGUUGCCAGGCUAAGGGAACUCCAUACGCUUAAGGGGCACGUCGAAUCGGUGGUGAAGCUCAAGGGUCUUGAUAUGGAGGGCAUCCAGCAACACUACACUGUUUAAAGAUCAUGAAGCCAACCAUGAGUACUGAAGAAUUUGUAAAUGAUAUUGGAAGAUCAGGAACAAAGAGAGAAAAUAAGUGAAGAUCAGGAACAAAGAGAGAAAAUAAGUAACACAAUUAUUUAUUUUGUGUUAUUAUUCUUUAUAUUCAUCAAAGAAGAUGACAGGGUAAAGAAUAAUCCAACCAAAGGAUCCUUUACAGUAAUUCAGGUGUUGGAAAAUAGAUUUUGCAAGUUUAGAGCUAAGAUAGUUUGGUUCAAGUUGUGAUUUUGUUUGGCACUUCGAGAUGUUAUUAGUUAUGCAACAAACAUUUGUGUUGAUUCAGAGUAUUCUUUGUUA